UAAGGACGUGCCGUUGAGAACUUGAAGCAUCGUACCCAGGCCUCGAUGCCCUUGCUCUUGCGCAGGUACCUCUACACACACAUCGGGUCUCUGUGCAAAUACAACAUCCACUCACACAACAGGGAGUCCACACCUGCUCUUGAACCGCACUCAAGGGAUUCAUGGGUCCGAGCAGUGUUGGCAGAUCUACGCUGUGUUCUAUACUACACGUACUUACAGAGCAACAUAGGUAGGCAGGCAUCCAACCCCGGACCACAGGGGCGGCAGUAUGUAUGUACGAAUGCUCCCUAGUAUCUGAGAAUAUGCGGUAUAGGACGCUCACAUAUUCGGGUGUGAGGACUCGGUCGCUGAUCUCACUUUUGUCAUUUCCACUCAUAACUGGCACGCUCGCGUUUUCUCUAAUCUUUCCCCCUCUCCCUCUCCCAUUUCCUUCCUUUCUCUUCCUCCCUCGCCCCUCCCUUCACCACUGAACCAUCCCAUCCCACUCCCUCAAGCAAAUCUUACUGUGUUGACUUUGUAACCACCGAGUCAUCCAUCACCUACGAAACCCACUCGAUCGGUGUCAGAUUCAGAUCCAAGGCACGAUCUCAGCAGUGCGACGCACAACAGCCGAGAGCGAUCGCGCGCCUAGUUCGGCCGACGGCUUCCAUCACGCUUUACACCCGCCGUCAUAUCUCUCGUCUUCUGGCAUAGACGCCCCCUGAACUAUCGCUUCCGUACCAAAGCAAAACGGGACGACGACGACGCCUCCCUCUCAUCCUGUCUCUUCAGCACUCGUUGUAAAGUGCGCCCGCUUUCCAAAGCACUAGACCGGCAUCAAAAAGCAACGGCAUCGAAAAGAAAUCAUAAAUUCCACAAGCCCGCCCCAGGUCCACGGUAUUUGGGACAGCUCACGCCCCCCUCGUCCUGCUUGGAGCUUCACUCCCAGACCCCGUCGAAAUAUCUAGGCCACCCCAACUAGCCCCCAGCGACGGAUUUUAACAGUGUAUGUGUGUGGUGUGUGCGUGUGUAUAGUGUGGUGUGUACUGGAGGAAAUAUUCGAAGAACAAAAAGGCCGCCACAAAAGGCAGCGGGCGUGGUAACUUGGCCGACGCUAGGCCGAUUUCCCCUUCUCAGCCCUCGGGGCCUUUUCUCAACCUCUACACGCCCAACCGGAGCCAGCAUUACACCCCCCCCCCCCCCCCCCCGGAGAUCUAUCUGACGCCCACCCCUCCCUAUUUUAUUAACACCCCUCCCCUCCCCCCUCCACAAGAAAGAGAGAUACAUACGGUGACCUUUCCCGUCCCGCCACCACGCAACACACGCGCCCGAUAGCUUGAUCAGAUCUUGCCUACCGGGUACCCAGCUGGAGAGGAGAGAGAAAGAGAGAGAGACAGGUCCAACCAGCCUAACCUAACUUCAUCUCCUAAACCCAGGCCAAGCCACCCACCACACACCACACUGUCUCUGGUUUGGGUUGGUUUUUUGGUCGCCCAUUUCUCACUUCUUCUUUUGCCUCCAUCUUUUUUUUUUCUUCCUCUUCCUUGCCUGGCUUUUGUUCUUACAUGACUCUGAGCCUCCCACCCAUCAACCAUCUCCCUAUCAUCUCCACCCACCUACACCAAAACUUCGCCGGACUCCUGUCUUGACGCCGACCUCACGGGCUAGACUCGCUCUAUCCCCUCUCACGCUUUGGCCGCACAUUAGAUGCACAGAGGCUCGUAGAUUGCAUCUGGGGUUUCUGUUCACCAUAUCAUCUGUUCUCCCGGCAAACCCGCUAUGGAAGCGGGCGGAUCUGGUCCUAGGCAAAGCCGUCCACUUUCUGCCAGUCAUCCUGAUCGCUUUGAGCCUCGUCAUCCUCCACCAAGAGAACCCCUCGACCGACACUACCGCGACGGCCCCGCCAUGGCGACCGCAGCCCUUAUUAGCCCAAGCUCGACCCAUUACGGCCAUCCCUCAUCCUUCUCUUCUGGCUAUCAGCACGCAACUCCAGGACCUAGUAUCGCAGGCAUGAUUUCGCCGAUUGAACCUCGACGACCUUCGGACGAGUCCGAGACCCCUCAUCGACAGUCGCUCCCUUCGCUCUCUGAGGUCAUUUCGGGAGCCAAGCCCAGCCCUUAUCCGCCCUCCCAAGCGUCCAGCAUGUCAGGCUCCCAGAGCUUUCCUUCGCCCUUCGCACCUGGUCCGCCGCGGUCCUACGCCGAGUCUUCGACCGACAAGAACUCACCCAGACCUUCUCACCCCGCGUCGACGUAUGCGCCCAGGCAAGAAGCCCUGCCGGCCAUGUCAGAUCCUCCAAGACCUCCACCAUUCGGCGGUCGGCCACCCGCGCCCUUGAGCAGCUUUUCUGCGACUCAGCCCAGCCCCCCUCACAAGUCGGAGCACAUGCGUGACAUCGAUCCCAGGGCCGCCGAGCCUGCCGGCCCUUACGCGCAACACCAACCGCCGCCGCCGCCGAUAUAUCCUCACCCAAGCCAGCUCCCGCCAGGACAGGUUCCUCUGCCGGCGUACCCUGUCUCGCCUCGUCACGGCGGUCCGCCGCUGCCUUCCCCGUUUGAAGCGCAGCGUCCCGCAGCCCAUGCUGAAGAGGCCGAGUACAGCUCCGGGCGCCCUCAGUAUGAUCGUACCCUCGUCACCCGUCACCUGGAUGCUUGGGGAUACCAGGAUUGUCUUUCUAGAAUGGCUGGAUCCGCAAGGACGAUCUAUAACUUUGCAGAGGCGUAUGGCAGAAUCGCGGCCGAGCAGCAUGGUGGCCACCCGCUGCCUGAUCGGCUUCCCACCGAGCGGGAAGUGAUGGAAAUGUUGGACAACGUGGACUACAUCCGAAACUCACUGGACUCGGUUCGACAACUUAUCAAGGAGAGUGAACAACGCGUACGGGCGGCCGGCAAACAGAAGGGCUACGAGGACGAGGACAUGCCGAUGUACGACGGCAUGAACAAGAAUAACUACGGCAUGACGGAAGUCAAGAAGCGACGAGGGAGGGCCGCACCUCCAGGGAGAUGCCACAGCUGCAAUCGAGUCGAUACGCCGGAAUGGCGACGAGGACCUGACGGCGCCCGGACGCUUUGCAACGCGUGCGGUCUGCACUACGCCAAGUUGGAGCGGAAGCGUCAGCUCGAAGCUCGACAAAUCCGCCCCAAGCCCUCUGACGAGAGGAGCUAACACGACGUCGACUGGCCUGG